AUGGGCCUCGAGACACACAAAGCCGCCGUCGCGCGCAUCUCCUCCCUAAUCCGCACCUUCUACGAAAAGAAACAGCCCUUCCGCAUCGCCCACGGCUCCACAAACAGCACGCGCCCCAUCCGCCGAAAACACCAAGUCGACAUCUCCGACCUCCGCAAUGUCCUCCGCGUCGAUCCCGCAGCGCGCACCGCCCUCGUCGAGCCAAACGUCCCCAUGGACCGCCUUGUCGAGGCGACAUUGAAGCAUGGGCUCGUCCCGCCAGUCGUCAUGGAGUUCCCGGGGAUAACGGCGGGCGGGGGAUUCGCGGGGACGGCGGGCGAGAGUUCGAGCUUUCGAUACGGGUUCUUCGAUCGCACCAUAAAUUACGUGGAGAUGGUGCUUGCGGACGGGGGCGUGGUGAAUGUUUCGGAGAAUGAGAAUCGGGAUCUGUUUCGUGGUGCUGCCGGGGCAGUGGGAACGCUGGGCGUGACGACGAUGAUGGAGCUGCAGCUCGUCGAGGCGAAGAAGUUCGUGAAGGCGACGUAUCUCCCGCAGAAGAGCGUCGCGGACUCCAUCACAAACGUCCACGCGGAGACACUUAACGACGCAAACGACUACGUCGACGGAAUCCUGUACGGCCCCGACCACGGCGUCGUCGUCGCCGGCGAAAUGACAAACGAGAUGCCCGACGCCGCGAAGAUCCAGACCUUCAGCAAAGCCUGGGACCCGUGGUACUAUCUCCACGUGAAAGACAAGACGCGGCGCAGCAUGAACGCGCCCGUGACAGACUACAUCCCGCUGGCGGAGUAUCUGUUCCGGUACGACCGGGGCGGGUUCUGGGUUGGGCGGGCGGCAUUCCACUACUUCCAUUUCCCGUUCAGCCGGGCGACGCGCUGGUGGCUGGACGACUUCCUGCACACGCGGAUGCUGUACAAGGCGCUGCACGCGAGCGGGGAGUCGAGCCGGUUCGUGAUCCAGGACCUGGCGCUCCCGUACGCGAACGCGGAGAAAUUCAUCGACUAUACGAGCGGGAAGCUGGGCAUUUGGCCGCUGUGGCUGUGUCCGCUGAAGCAGAGCGCUACGCCGACGUUCCACCCGCACUCGGCUGUGCGGAGUCCCGGGUUUACGGAGGACCAGAUGCUCAAUAUUGGGGUGUGGGGGUUCGGGCCGAAAGACCAGGAUGAGUUCAUCACCGCCAAUCGGGAGCUGGAGCGGAGACUCAACGAGCUCGGUGGGCAGAAGUGGUUCUACGCGCAUACGUACUACGGCGAGGACGAGUUCUGGAGUAUGUAUGAUCGCACGUGGUAUGAUGGGCUGCGGAAGAAGUACAACGCUACGACGUUGCCGAGUGUGUAUGAUAAGAUCAAGAUCGAUGUUGAAGCGGAUCGGAGGGAGCGGAAGGAGUCGUGGAGUCGGAAGGUGCGCUCGGUCUGGCCGCUAGGGGGGCUGUGGGGGAUCAAGAAGGCGAUUGAGAGUGGGGAGUACCAUAUCCAUCGGAACUCGACGUGGAAGUGGACGGGGAAGUAA